CUCAAGAAAUAUCUGCUCUAUUAUGAAAUAACUGGACAGACUCCUCAUCCUCAUUCUAUGCAUUAUUACCAGGAGAAACACUGAGCGGACAUCUACAAUGAGGAGCUGUAUAAUAACAGGUCUCCUCAGUCUGUGGAUGGAUCUGACCAGUGGAGCAAUCAAUAUUCAGCUGAUUCCUCAGUAUCCAGUUAUCGGGGAAUCUGCCACCCUUAACGUUACUGGUGUCACUGGGAAGAUUCUGUCUUUUGCUUGGUUUAAAGGACCGAAAACUGCAUUUGAUUAUGAAAUCCUUGUAUAUCUUCCUGCUUCUCCUGUUUCACUAGCUACUGGACCCCUACACAUCUCUCGGGCCAGGCCUUUCCCUGAUGGCUCAUUACUUUUCUCAGAUCUCAGUAUAAUAGAUAGUGAUAUUUACACAGUGAAAAUACUGACAGAUAAACAAGUAGAAGAAGCCUCUGUGACCCUGGCUGUCUAUGGUGCCUGCGGAUGUUCUGCUGGGCUCAGUGCUGGAGGGAUAGCUGGAAUCAUCUGUGGGACAGUCCUGGGAAUCGUGCUGAUUGUUAGUGCAACCUUUCUGCUGUAUAAGAGAUGUGUCCUUCCUGUGACAGAGGAGCAGAGAGAAAUCUCAAAUAAGAAGGAUGACCCACUGACUGAGUAUUACAAUGUACAGACUGCUACAGCGGGGUUUCCUAAUGAGCCAGGGUCUACAUAUAUGGCUUUGCAAUACGAAUCACAGGACAAGUACAGUGAUCUACAGCCAUGAAUACAUUGCAUAAUGGAUACUCUUGAUAGCAAAUGGUCACAGUCGCUCUGUGAUAUAACAUUUGUAACAAUGACCAUAUUGUGGAGAUUGUACUGUAUGAGACAAACAUCUAAAGAACAUGCUGCUGUAUAUAAAUAUAUAUACUGUAUAUAUAAUCAACAAAUACACACACAAGAAGAAUCUUACUGCAAUGAUAAUGCAUGCCAUGUAAACAUAUUUUAUAC